GGGUUCAAAUCUUUAAGCUCUAGCGAGGCGUUUUGAUGUUGAAUCGUGCAACAACGUACAUCGCGUAUGCUGCUUCAUCUGUGAUAGAUCUAAGAAGCGUCUGGGUUUUGAAACUAUCUUUCGGGAGGCGCGCCAAAUUCGAUGCAUUGAAGAUACAACGUAAACAAGUGUGGAAAUGCAUUUUUUGUGAAACGAAACUGGAAAUCUAAGCUUAGACGCCAACCAUUAAUUUAGAUUUUACUUAAAUCUACCAGAAAAUCUCCAGCCAGCUGAUUUCAUCAUUUGUUUAACAAUGUCAUCCAGGACUUUGAUUACUGCUUAUCACCGAGAUCGCCGACGCUGGGCUUGGAAAUCACAAACAAAGAAUAUUGACGGUGCUUUGGAAAGCUGCUUAGAGCGUUUUGAGUGCCAGCGAGGGGAUGAGAUUCAUUUCACCACCCCUGAGUUUGUUGAAGGGAUUCCACCAUUUGCCUGUAAGUUUGCUGAGCUGCCUUCAAUCAGUAAUCAUCUAGCUGCAGCUGAUGAGGAUGGUAGGGUGUUUAUCUAUAACACCAACAAGUCUGGACCAGCCAAGCAGGUUCAAGAUUGGUCAGCACACAACAAUGCUAUCUUUGAUGUUGCCUGGUCAUACACGGAACCACACAUAGUGACAGCAUCAGGUGAUCAGUCCGCUGCCCUCUGGGACGUUCAGACCGCCAAACGACUGGCUACGUUCAAGCAGCAUAAAUGCAGUCUGAAAUCCGUCAGUUUCCGGCCAUGGGAUGGGCAUGUUUUUGCCUCGGGUGCAAGAGACGGAAGCAUUAUGAUAUGGGAUGACCGCUGCAAGAAAAAAGGAAAAGGAUCAAGUCUGCUUCCUGUGUUAUGGGUUAGUGAUGCCCACUUUGACCAGACCACAGCCAAAGCUCAGCCGAAGCGUCGCAGGAAGUUAGCACCAAACCUCCCGACCAUUAACUCAUCCUACAGCGUCAGUGUGGUGCUCUUCCAGAAAGAGGACGUCCUACUUUCAGCUGGCUCUGCAGAUGGGAUCGUCAAGGUUUGGGAUGUCCGUAAACUGAAGACUUCAGGAUCAUCAACCCCUAUCCCUUCACAUCAAUUCCCAUACAGUGGCACAAGCAACAGAAAGAGAGGCUAUUCCUCAUUAUCGCUGACAUCAACACGAACCCGGGUCUUUGCAAGCUGCACAGACAGUGUAGUUUAUGAGUACGAUCUCAGUGGUGUGCUUCAAUCACAGCCUGUUGCUAGGUAUCAGGGUCAUAUCAACUCUACAUUCUUUGUAAAAGCGGCCAUCUCUCCUGACGACCUCUACCUUUUAUCUGGGUCCAGUGACAACUAUGCUUACAUUUGGAAGAUAGGAGAGCCUGAAUCCCCUUCAGUGAUUUUAGAAGGUCAUGAUGCAGAGGUCACUUCUGUUACAUGGUGCCCAACAGAUUUCACAAAGGUUGUGACAUGUUCUGAUGAUAACACUAUGAGGAUAUGGAAGAUGUCUACUGGUGAGAAGGUCGAUGAUGAUGGGAUCAAUAGAGUCAUAGGAAGGGCCAAGAGAUGCAAAAGGAAAUCAGUUAAAGAGAGUCAAGAAACAGAAAGUGGGCCUUCACAGUCGUGUUCAGAGAGUUGCAGGUCUGCUUCUUCAAGUAAGACUGGUGAAAUGCCCCUUUCACCUCAAUCCAGCCCUACACCAUCUAGCACAAAGAAAAGAAGGUUUAGUUUGAAGGAAUGGGUCACCAUCUCCCCCAAACCCUCAAGAUCGGCUUCCCCAGUGCCAUCACCCAAAAGACUCAAGAGCGAAAGCUCAGAAGAUAUUCAGGAUUCGCAAAUAAGUGGACAGAGUGAGUCAGUCCUGAAGAGGAAGGUGACUUCAGAAGAAAAAGAAGAAACCAGCACUGUCAAGAAGAUCAAAGUUGGCAAUUGCAAAGCCAAGUUUGCAGCAUCAGCGAGUUCUUCUGUGCCUGCAUCAGAAGUAUCCAAGAUUGAAGGUUCAGCAUGCAGUCAGGGAAUGCAAGGAAAUCAUGAAAGUGAAUUACCUCAGAAGAGAAAGAUUGCUGCAGUCAAUGUAAAGGACAUUUGUACUGUGAAAAAGGUGAAAGUUGAUAGUGUAGGAGCUGCUUCAGGUUUGCUGGAAACCUUGAAAUGUGUUGAUGAUACAAGUGCAAUAACAAGAAGUGAUGACAUUGGCCAUGUGAAAGACACACCUCAGAGGCCACUUGCAAGGGAUGAUGAUAGUAGCAAGAUUGGACAAGACAAAGAAAAUCUUACGGAAGACGGUGUCAGGUUUGAUCAACCAGAGAAUCCUCACACCAAUGUCCAGCGUUCCCCUCUCAAGGACGAUCUUCCAAUGAACAGGCCAAAGGGCAGUUCUACCUCAAAAUCGACAACAAAACGGAACAUUGCAUCCCACUUUCAGGCAUCUCCCAGAGCAAGUAAGGAGCAGGUAACGCUCUUGAAGGAGGAUGGGGGCAGUCCAGAGAUGCAGCAGCAGAACUUGAAGGAGUGUUUCAAGGAGAAGAGUGGAGGACUUGUCCAGUCAAAAAGAAGAAGUAUUACCAGACCCAUUUCGGGUUACUUCAAGCCAAUUGAAAAGAAAUCUAAAUCAGAUACAUGACAGAGGCGGAAGUCCCUCUUGUCCUUGUUUAAAAUAUGUUUGUCUAAAUUUGAAUAUGGGAUCUUGUUAUGAUCAGUGUAACACUCCUCUUCAAAUUGUAGUUGCCAUUGUUUUGUUAUUCAAUGCCAUCAGUUUGUAUCUACAUAUUGUUUUACAUAUGAUACAUGCAUGUAUGUCUCUGCAAAAGUAA